AUGGGGAGGGCCGGCGCCGCGGCCAACGGCACCCCGCAGAACGUCCAGGGCAUCACCUCCUACCAGCAGCGAAUAACUGCCCAGCAUCCUCUGCCCAACCAAUCAGAAUGUAGGAAAAUCUACAGAUAUGACGGAAUCUACUGUGAAUCUACCUACCAGAAUUUACAAGCAUUGAGAAAGGAGAAGUCCCGGGAUGCUGCCCGCUCCCGCCGGGGAAAAGAAAACUUUGAGUUCUAUGAAUUGGCCAAGUUGUUGCCUCUUCCUGCAGCCAUCACUAGCCAGCUUGACAAGGCCUCCAUCAUUCGACUUACAAUCAGCUACCUGAAAAUGAGGGACUUUGCUAACCAGGGGGACCCUCCAUGGAACUUGCGAAUGGAAGGCCCUCCACCUAACACAUCAGUAAAAGGUGCACAACGAAGGAGAAGCCCCAGUGCACUGGCCAUUGAAGUAUUUGAAGCACAUUUGGGAAGUCACAUUUUACAGUCCCUGGAUGGCUUUGUAUUUGCACUAAAUCAAGAAGGAAAAUUUUUGUACAUUUCUGAAACAGUCUCCAUCUACCUAGGCCUCUCACAAGUGGAGCUGACAGGCAGCAGUGUCUUUGACUAUGUCCACCCCGGGGACCACGUGGAGAUGGCGGAGCAGCUGGGCAUGAAGCUCCCGCCUGGGCGGGGUCUCCUCUCACAGGGUACCGCUGAAGAUGGAGCCAGCUCAGCAUCUUCCUCCUCCCAGUCGGAGACCCCCGAGCCAGUGGAAUCAACCAGCCCCAGUCUGCUCACCACUGACAACACCCUUGAGCGUUCCUUUUUCAUCCGAAUGAAAUCUACUCUGACCAAACGCGGCGUGCACAUCAAAUCAUCAGGAUAUAAGGUGAUUCACAUAACGGGCCGGCUACGACUGAGGGUGUCACUGUCCCACGGGAGGACCGUCCCCAGCCAAAUCAUGGGUCUCGUGGUUGUGGCUCAUGCCCUGCCUCCCCCUACGAUCAAUGAAGUCAGAAUUGACUGCCAUAUGUUCGUCACUCGAGUAAAUAUGGACCUCAAUAUCAUUUACUGUGAAAAUAGGAUUAGUGAUUAUAUGGAUCUGACCCCCGUAGACAUUGUAGGGAAGAGAUGCUACCACUUCAUCCACGCCGAAGAUGUCGAGGGCAUCAGGCACAGUCACUUGGACUUGCUGAAUAAGGGCCAGUGUGUGACCAAGUACUACCGCUGGAUGCAGAAGAAUGGAGGCUACAUUUGGAUCCAGUCUAGUGCCACCAUAGCUAUUAACGCCAAGAACGCAAAUGAGAAGAACAUCAUCUGGGUGAACUACCUUCUGAGCAACCCCGAGUACAAGGACACUCCAAUGGACAUCGCACAGCUCCCCCACCUGCCGGAGAAAACUUCGGAGUCCUCGGAGACCUCCGACUCUGAGUCAGACUCUAAAGACACCUCAGGUAUUACAGAGGACAACGAGAACUCCAAGUCCGACGAGAAGGGGAAUCAGUCGGAGAACAGCGAAGACCCGGAGCCCGACCGCAAGAAGUCAGGCAACACGUGCGACAACGACAUGCACUGCAAUGACGACGGCCACAGCUCCAGCAACCCGGACAGCCGCGACAGCGACGACAGCUUCGAGCAUUCGGACUUUGAGAACCCCAAGGCAGCCGAGGACGGCGGCGGGGGCGGCUUCGGCGCGCUGGGCCGGAUGCAGAUCAAGGUGGAGCGCGGCUACGUGGAGAGCGAGUCGGACCUGCGGCUGCAGGACUGCGAGUCGCUGUCGUCGGACAGCGCCAAGGACUCGGACAGCGCGGGUGAGGCGGGCGCGCAGGCCUCCAGCAAGCACCAGAAGCGCAAGAAGCGGCGGAAACGGCAGAAGGGCGGCAGCGCCAGCCGCCGGCGCCUGUCCAGCGCGUCGAGCCCGGGCGGACUGGACGCCGGCCUGGUGGAGCCCCCGCGGCUGCUGUCGUCCCCCAACAGUGCCUCGGUGCUCAAAAUCAAGACCGAGAUCUCGGAACCCAUCAACUUUGACAACGACAGUAGCAUCUGGAAUUACCCGCCCAACCGGGAGAUCUCCCGGAACGAGUCGCCCUACAGCAUGACCAAGCCCCCCAGCUCCGAGCACUUCCCGUCCCCGCCGGGCGGCGGCGCGGGCGCCGGGGGGCUGCACGUGGCCAUCCCGGACUCGGUCCUCACCCCGCCCGGCGCCGACGGCACCUCAUCCUCCGCCACCGCCACCGCCCGCAAGACUCAGUUCGGCACGUCGGCCCCCGCGGCCUUGGCCCCCGUCGCCUCCGACCCGCUGUCGCCCCCGCUGUCGGCGUCCCCGCGGGACAAGCACCCCGGGGGCGGGAGCGGGAACGGGAACGGCGGGGGUGGUCCGGGCGCGGCCAACUCCUUGCUGUACACCGGGGACCUGGAGGCUCUGCAGAGGUUGCAGGCGGGCAACGUCGUGCUGCCGCUGGUGCACAGGGUGACCGGGACCCUGGCGGCCACCAGCACGGCAGCGCAGAGGGUCUACACCACGGGCACCAUCCGCUACGCCCCCGCCGAGGUGACCCUGGCCAUGCAAGGCAACCUGCUGCCCAACGCGCACGCUGUUAACUUCGUGGACGUUAACAGCCCGGGCUUCGGCCUCGACCCCAAGACGCCCAUGGAGAUGCUCUACCACCACGUGCACCGGCUCAACAUGUCGGGACCAUUCGGCGGCGCGGUGAGCGCGGCCGGCCUGACGCAGAUGCCGGCCGGCAACGUGUUCACCACGGCGGAGGGACUCUUCUCCACGCUGCCCUUCCCGGUCUACAGCAACGGCAUCCACGCGGCACAGACUCUGGAGCGCAAGGAGGACUGA